AUGACAGAGUGGAAAUAUUGUCGCUUUAUAAUGGUCAUUGGUAGUUUAACUGUGCUCUUCCUGGUUGGGAGAUUGUUGGAGUUGCCCUUAAAGAAGACUAUAAUAGGUAAGCUUGGCAAAGCUGCUCAUUAAGAAAGAGAGGUCUUUUAUAAAAGUUUACAAGAGGAGGUAUUUAGUUAAAGAAUUUGAAGAGUAUCGUUGAAAAAAAAAACAUAUUAUCUUGCUCUUUUAAGGGUACCAACAAAGUUCCUAUAGUUUGGUAGUGCUACGAGAAUGAAAUGUACUCUUUUUGAAAAACUAUCAGGUUUAUAUUCGAAAACCCGUUUUGAUGUAUUGGACAAAAAAGUUAAUUAAAGUUGUUUUUAUGUAGCCCCCCGGCGAGUUUUCGUUUCAAACUUAAUCAUGGAUUUUUCAAGCUAUGACGAAUUGCAUAAUUCGUUGAUAUAGAGGCUAGUAAUUCAUCGCUGGUAAAUUUGUCCUUUUGGGAUAAAAACAUUUGAUGCCUGCAACUGCCACAUCCUCGGAGACCAUAUCCCUCGGUAAAACCUUUGAUUAGAGGUGAAUAACUAAAAAAAAUUCAUGACAGUUAUCAAGGAAAGUAAACUAUAAUCGCAGAAUUUUUAAUAAUUCAAGUACUCUAUCGUUUGAUCUCUCUGCCUCCAAAGGGAAGUAGAUUAUUGUCGGUGAAUUAAAACACCAAAUCAAACAUUUUUGUAGAGGUAACACAGACUAACAACUCGGGGAAAAAAGGUUACGAUUUUCUUCUUUUUCGGUUUUAAAAGAAAAACAUUUAUUUUGAAAAUUUUGCAGAAUCGGUCGGGUUUAAUAAUAUUGCCUUGCAUUAAUAAACUUUUCUUUCAGCGUAUUCCUGUAUUAGUUUGGAAUAUUCAGCGCAGCUGAUCACAAAUGGUCUUUAUUUUGACUAUAUCAUUCUCAAGAGUGUCCAAGAAGUAAUUUAACCUUAAAAUAUCAAUACACUAUUACGCAGACUGGCGAUAAGAAAAUAAAAAAACUGAGGUAAAUCAUUUGAUUGAAAAAAAAAAAAGAAACAAACUCUCACGACUAAUUGCAUAAGAAAUGUCAGGUAGAAGGUUAGGAUGAGUGCUGUUUAGAUCUUGGAAAUGAAAGGGUCAAAGGCUCGCCGAAGCUUUUAGAAGUGCACCUCUGUUUAUCCUAAGUUGUGUUAUGUACCGCUGGUCAUCAUACGAGCUAUUUGCUUGUUUUAAAAGGAAUACAACGCUAUCUGUUGGAGGGUUCCUGAAAUAUACUCAGGAUCUCUAUUUCUCUGUUUAAGAAGUAAACAUACAUUGAUAAAAUCUUCUUGCUUUGUACAGGACCAUUUGUCAUUCAUCCGGGUGGAACCACAAAGAAUAAAACGGUAUCUAUUUGUCUCUUGGUUAGAAUCUCUUCUCACAGUUUUAUUUUGUGUAAAUCGACAACCUUUAAAAUCCUAAAAUAUAACAUACAUGGGGCAGUAACGAAACCAAACUUAUUGGAAACAAAAGACAAAUGGGUAGCGUUUAUUUCCCAGCGAGAUCAUACAACUGUAACAGUGUAUUCAAAGACCAGGUUAUGUCUCGGAAAGACUUCAGGUUACAUGGUCAUUUUUAACUCUAGCCGCCUUAAGUUCUUGGCGUGUUAGAAGAAAAUGCUAACCGACAAAAGAGAUGAAAGAAAAAAGGUUCCUCAGUCUAAAAUACUAGAAUACCUUUCUUGAUCUGCACAGUUCAUCGAUAAAUUCCGUGGAAAGCCAGCUUAAAAAAAGGAUGGUGUGCGAAAUACUGGGCUGUGAGAAUAAUUUUCCAUUCAGCGGGGUAUCCUGUAUGUCAGGUUGCUCUAUUAUUUGAAGUUGGACAUUUUAUGGUAAAAAUUCUGUAAACCCAUAUCUCUUACGCGUGACCACGACAGAAUUUCGCCUUACAAUAACGAUACAAUGAUGAGAAUAAAGCAAAAUAUCAAUUGGAGGAUUAGUUGAUCCAACACCAAAUUCUCAGAACUAACGCUAUGAGAAUUGUAUGGCAGACAGUAAGGAGAAUUACUUAUGAGAUGUGGGAGUAAAGGGGUCAGUAAUGGAAUAUUCAAGGAACCCUUGCUCGUACAGAAGCCCAUGUCGUGUUAUUUACUUCAGCAUACAGGGUGUCGGUUAACCUCUGAUUCUGGUACGUUUCGCAAAGUUAGCAAGCUUUUUAAAAUUACUUUUCCCUUUAUGACAACGUUCACAGCUAGUUAGGGUUUUUGGUAUCAAAUGGGCUCAAUUUUAGGGUCUGUUCCCUCUCUACUCAACCUUUAUUCAAAAUUUACUGUCUUGCAACGCGGGGCCAUCCUGUAAGACAGGGGUCCGCUGAAUGCAAGUACAGAGGAGGACAAUAGGGACUUUAAGAAAACCAUGACGGCAAUGGCAACGAGAACGUCACGUAGUAAACCAAAGGUUUAAUGAGCAGAACAAUGGCCCUGCACUUGCAUUGUAAAUCUUCGUAAAUUUCUUUGCGUCCUUUGAUGAAAUGACCAAAAUUUACGAACGUGAACGACAACAGCUAAUUUUCUUAAUUUUCUAACGCUGUGUUCCAUAUUUAGCUUAUACAGUGGGAAGAGUAUCGAGAUUCGUCAUUUUUUUAACCGAAGUUGUCCACGGCGUCGCCGUCGGUCGUUUCUUAAACUCCGUAUUAUCAGGACUUCCGCUAAAUGUAGGGUCAGCUACAUACUGGUUUCACUGUAACCCCCAGACUGUGCCUAUUAAACAUCGGAACACAAAUAAGUAGUCUACAUAGUUUUGAGCACUCUUAACAUUUGAAACUAUUGUCACUUUUCGUGUGCUCUCUGCCAUAUGUGACCACCGUUUUUACUCUUACAGUCAAACACAACCUUGGCGGUUAACGAUGCCUUUACAAGAGCCGCCAAAACACAAGCAGCAAGAAAAAGGCACCUGACACAUUAUUGCAGGACACAUUCUAAAAAUCCAGAACUACCUGAUAAACAGCGGCUUGGGCAACUUCUUGUCGACGAUGACGAAAAUUAUAUCUUUUGCUCUGUUCCUAAGGUUGCCAGCACAACAAUUAAGGGAAUUUUGUUGAGUUUGCGAAAUGACAGCGAUAAAAUUGAGAAAUUUUCCGUGCAUACGCCGAGUUUGUGGCAACACAUGAGUCAAUUCAAUAUAACGGAAAACUCAAAACGUCUAAUGACACAUUUUAAGUUCCUUUUUGUGCGUGAGCCGUUUCACCGUUUACUAUCCGCCUACAAAGACAAAUUCUGGGGGAGUAAUCGAAUCUACACAAAUGGUUUUCGCCGAAUAAUAGUCCAAGAAUUCAGACCUCAAGAUAUUGAAACAAUCAGCACUACAGCUAACAAUGUGACUUUCAAUGAAUUUCUCAGGUACAUUUUAACUUAUCCUGAUUCCUUCAUCUCCCGCGAUGACCACUGGAAACAAUACGGAAAUCUUUGUUUCCCUUGUGUCAUUCAAUUUGAUUUCAUCGGCCAUUAUGAAAAGUUAGACGACGACGCCACUUAUUUACUAAAACUGGCGGGAAUUGACGACCGCGUGGUUUUCCCGCCAAUUCAUUCGUCGAGAGCUGACGAUGAUUUCCUCAAAUUCUAUUCACAAGUUCCACACCAGCUUAUUUUUCGAAUAGGAGAAAUUUUUAAGAAAGAUUUUGAAAUGUUUGGUUAUUCCUUCCCUGGACCCUUAAAAGAAUUACUUACAAACUAUACAGUGAAUACUAACUCUGAUUCUAGGGAAACAUGA